UGGACAAAAAAACAGGGGAGAGAAACAAAAAACACUUUGUGAAAGACUACAUUAAAAAAUUACAUAAAAUAUGGGAGGAGGACAACCUAUAAGCAACCGUUACUCCACAAAGGGCUGGCUGCAGAUGUGGUUUUGUAUUUUGGGCUUCACAGAGUUUCCUGUACACAAGGGCGUUAAAUUUCCUCUCUAGUUUUUUUUUCUGCCUGUGAAACUUUUAGUCGGUCAUCAUAAGUAGAAUCUGCAUCGAGCUGACGUUCAUUUAACCCAGGUCCUGAAGCUGGAUAGUCUCUGGAUGCUCCUGAAACACUGCUCCAUUCACCUCAUUCCUUCUGCAUGCUGUCCAAGCAUGCUGCCUGUCAGGAUGCUGAGCAUUCUCAUCCUCCUCUUUUCACUGUGCAAUGCUGACAGCAUAUGCACAACAGAGUUGAAGACAGAUCCACCUGAGAUUAUUGCAGAAUAUGGAGGAAUUCCUGUAAUUGUAAACUGUACCACCAGACUGGGCGAUCAUUACGGACUAUACUGGAGAGUCGGGAAUGAAAGCUCUGACACUGAAGAUGAAGAAAUGUUUAUCUCCCACUUAGUGCCAGUGUCAGACUGGAAUGUGACGGCCGAGUGCAAAAUGAAGUUUAAUGAGUCUUAUGAAUGCAGCAAGGAACUCAAAGUUAUUUUAUUCAAUAAUCCAGAAGUUUUUCAUUCUGUACAGCUUGUGAAUGUGAUAGGAGAAGAAACACAGUACAGACUGCAGUGCGAUAUAAUCAAUGUUGCUCCUGUUCAGUAUGUCACUGUUAGCUGGUACAAAAACAGUGAAAAAAUCCAGACAGAAUCUUUCAAUGACACAACAACCAAAACUCCAGUAAAUGAGUCCUCUAUUCUGAGAGUCAACAUCAGCAGAGAAGAAAAUGUAGUAGAGUUCAGAUGUGAAGCUCAGCUGGACUUUGGACCACACAGACCAAAACUUCCUGCCAUUUCUAAAACACACAGAGUUUCAGCCCACUACGCUCCGGAGCUAAAGACACAAAAUAGUGCUGAUGACACUUAUGCACUUGAGGGCACUAACAUCACAUUGAGCUGUGAAGCUGUUGGAAACCCUCUUCUUGUGUAUAACUGGAUUUGUGAUGGGAAAAACAUGUUGGAGAACACAACCAGUCUCAGUUUACCUCAAGUACAUGGCAAUAAAACCUGCGCAUGCACAGCUACCAAUUAUCUGGGAAACAUAACUAAGACAAUCCAUCUUCAUGUUGAACCAAGAGGUUGCCCACUAACACUGACACCUUCUGAAACUGUUGUGAAAUUUGGAGAUCCAGUUGCAAUCAACUGCAGCACAUCAGCCAGAUAUGUUGAAGGAAUGGGCUGGGAGGCUCCAUUUGGAGGUACAGGAUUUGAGCGUCCUCCUGUUGUCACUUGGAGGGUUGAAAAACUAGAAGAGUGGACUCCAAGUCCUUCCUGCUAUGCUACUUUGGUUGAUGGAUCACAGUGUACUGUGAGUCCAGUCAUCACUGUUUACAAAACUCCAGAUUCUGUGUCAGUGUCUGACAUGGGUCAUGGUUCAAUGGUGGAGGGCAGAGAGUAUGAUCUGAAAUGUGACAUCAUCAAUGUUGCUCCUGUUCAGUAUGUCACUGUUAGCUGGUACAAAAACAGUGAAAAAAUCCAGACAGAAUCUUUCAAUGACACAACAACCAAAACUCCAGUAAAUGAGUCCUCUAUUCUGAGAGUCAACAUCAGCAGAGAAGAAAAUGUAGUGGAGUUCAGAUGUGAAGCUCAGCUGGACUUUGGACCACACAGACCAAAACUUCCUGCCAUUUCUCAAACACACAGAGUUUCAGCCCACUACGCUCCGGAGCUAAAGACACAAAAUAGUGCUGAUGACACUUAUGCACUUGAGGGCACUAACAUCACAUUGAGCUGUGAAGCUGUUGGAAACCCUCUUCCUGUGUAUAACUGGAUUUGUGAUGGGAAAAACAUGUUGGAGAACACAACCAGUCUCAGUUUACCUCGAGUACAUGGCAAUAAAACCUGCGCAUGCACAGCUACCAAUUAUCUGGGAAACAUAACUAAGACAAUCCAUCUUCAUGUUGAACCAAGAGGUUGCCCACUAACACUGACACCUUCUGAAACUGUUGUGAAAUUUGGAGAUCCAGUUUCAAUCAACUGCAGCACAUCAGCCAGAUAUGUUGAAGGAAUGGGCUGGGAGGCUCCAUUUGGAGGUACAGGAUUUGAGCGUCCUCCUGUUGUCACUUGGAGGGUUGAAAAACUAGAAGAGUGGACUCCAAGUCCUUCCUGCUAUGCUACUUUGGUUGAUGGAUCCCAGUGUGCUGUGAGUCCAGUCAUCACUGUUUACAAAACACCAAACAUUGUGUCAAUAUAUCCACUGAAUCAAAGUCAAAUGAUGGAGGAACAAGUACACAUAGUGCCUUACAAUAAAGAAACAAGAACACAAUAUUGGUUACGGUGUGACAUCAUAAAUGUUGCUCCUGUUCAACAUCUGACUGUGAGAUGGUACAAAAAUAAUAAAACCAUCCAGACAGAGUCUUUCAAUGACACAACAACUAAAACACUGGUAAAUGAGUCCUCGAUUCUGAGAAUCGACAUCAGCAGAGAAGAAAAAGCCACUGAGUUCAGAUGUGAAGCUGAGCUGGACUUUGGACCACAUGGACUAAAACUUCCUGCCAUUUCUCAAACACACAGAGUUUCAGCCCACUAUGCUCCUGAGAUCAACACAAGUUGUACUGUUGACAUCUCACCACUUGAGGGCACUAACAUCACAUUGAGCUGUGAAGCUGUUGGAAACCCUCCUCCUGUGUAUAACUGGACUUGUGAUGGGGAGAAUAUGUUGGAGAACACAAACAGUCUCAAUAUUACUCGAGUCGAUCGCAACAAAACCUGCACCUGCACAGCUACCAAUUAUCUGGGAAACAUAACUAAGACAAUCAAUGUUCAUAUCACACCAAGAGGUUGUCCUCUAACUCUGGCACCGUCUGAAAUGGUUGUGAGAUUUGGAGAUCCAGUUUCAAUCAAAUGCAGCACAUCAGCCACAGAUGUUGCUGAAAUGGCCUGGGUGACUCCUGCUGGAGACAAAGAAUUUAAACCUGGUUCUGAUGUCACUUGGAUGGUUAAAAACCUGAAAUGGUGGACUCCAAGUCCUUUCUGCAGCAUCACUCUAAAUGACAAUUUUCAGUGUUCUGUGAGCCCAGUCAUCAUUGUUUAUAAAACCCCAGAGACCGUGUCAAUCUCUGAAAUGAAUCAUGGUCUGAUGUUGAAGCACAAAGAGGACAAGCAGUACACCAAGACACAAUACAAACUGCAGUGUGACAUCAUCAAUGUUGCUCCUGUUCAGUAUCUCACUAUUACUUGGUAUAAAAACAAUAAAAUCAUCAAGACAGAAUCUUUCAGUGACACAACCAAAACACCAGUAAAUGAGUCCUCUAUUCUGAGAGUCAACAUCAGCAAAGAAGAAAAAGUCGUUGAGCUCAGAUGUGAGGCCAAGCUGGACUUUGGACCACGUGGACCAAAACUUCCCGCUAUUUCUCAAACACACAAUGUUUCAGCCCACUAUGCUCCAGAGGUAAACACAAAAGAUAGUAAUCAUGACUAUCUACUUGAAGGUUCUAAUAUCACCUUGAGUUGUGAAGCUGAAGGAAACCCUCCUUCUGUCUAUAACUGGACUUGUGAUGGGGAGAAUAUGUUGGCGAACACAAACAGUCUCAAUAUAACUCGAGUAAAUCGCACUAAAACCUGCACCUGCACAGCUGCCAAUUAUCUGGGAAGCGUAACCAAGACGAUCAAUGUUCAUGUUGAACCAAGAGGUAAAACCAAUAAAAUCACUUUUGCAGUCAUUUGGGCUUUGCCAUUUGUAGCAGCCAUCAUCAUCUCCAUCUUCAUUGUGUUCUACUGUUGCAAUCAGUGGAAAAAACAUGGACAUUAUAGUUUUGUUUCUGACAAAGAUAUCCCUUUGACACAAACUAAUGGAAACAAAUAAGAUAUCUGCUGCUUUCUGUAAAUCGAAGCAAAAACUUAAUUUAAUGUGCUACCUAAUUAUUUUUCUUUCAUUAAAAAAGAAGUUCUACACCCAUUUCAUACACUUGUAUAAAAAACUCCAAGCUUCACAUUCCUGGAAAUGUGGGCCCACCCACUUCAACAAUGGAUCCAUGCUG